UCGACCCGCCCGCCACAAUAUCGAUUGUCAAAAUCUCGUCUUUGCCUUGACUUUCCUAGAAAGUAGAAACCCCUGCUCCUUGUAAUAAACAAAUAGUAUAACCAACGAAGACGACGGUCGUAAAUCCAGCUCGUGACCAAGUUGCAGUUUUGAUUCACGGAUAGAUCCAUAGAAAUGUCUAGUUUACAAAGGGGUUUCGAUCAAAAAAUAGAUUACGUGUUCAAAGUGGUGUUGAUUGGGGAUUCCGCCGUGGGAAAAUCCCAGCUCUUAGCUCGCUUCGCAAGGAAUGAAUUCAACAUCGAUUCCAAGGCCACCAUCGGCGUCGAGUUCCAAACUAAGACUUUGCUUAUCGAUCAUAAAUCCAUCAAGGCUCAGAUUUGGGAUACUGCUGGUCAAGAAAGGUACCGGGCGGUAACGAGUGCAUACUACAGAGGAGCAGUGGGGGCAAUGCUGGUGUACGACAUAACUAAGCGUCAGACGUUUGAUCAUAUUGCCAAGUGGUUAGAGGAACUGCGUGGACAUGCUGAUAAAAACAUUGUGGUGAUGCUUGUGGGGAACAAGUCUGACCUCGGCUCCCUUAGAGCCGUUUCCGUGGAGGAUGCCAAGGAAUUCGCUCAACGGGAAGGCCUCUUCUUCAUGGAGACUUCGGCCCUGGAGGACACUAAUGUCGAAUUGGCUUUUGUUACGGUCGUGACCGAGAUUUACCGAAUCAUCAGCAAUAAAAGUCUGGUGGCUAAUGAUGAACAUGAAGAAUCUGGAGGUAAUGCAUCACUUCUCAAAGGAACCUCCAUUGUUGUCCCUGGACCCCAACUAGAAUCUGGCUCUGGAAAAAAGAGUUUCAGUUGCUGUGCAUCGUCGUAGCCAUAGGAACUUCCUUCUUCAACCUCUUCUAGCAGAUCUUUUCAAUCUUUUUUAUAUAAAGUUAUCCCUUCUUUAUGUGUCUGAUCAUGUGUAUGAUUUGUAUUGUAACACACAUUCCCCUGGUUGAUUGAUAUAUUUAUAUAGGGAGAGAUGUUCAGGUUUUUCUUCAAAAUUACACUGAUGUACUGCAUUUUAUAUCAAUAUCCGACCUGUAAUCUCUUUCUGACUC